AUGCUUGUCCUGAAUGUGCAUAACCUUUUUAUGCAUACAAUUAGUGGAACCUUUUACAUGUCCAGUGUGCGCAUGUGUCCAGGAACUAAGCUUUUGCAUGUCCUGUGUAUUCUAAAGCUUAGUCUUUUGUUAUUGGGCAAGUACUUGAAACAGUGUCUUGGUUUGCCAGUCGUAGAAUCAUUUAUGAAUAGCAUAGGUGUUGCCUUCACUUGUAUUCCUACGCAUAGUCCAAUACUUCUUUUUCCUUGA